AAGUACCGAAAAAUUUAUUAAAAUUUUAGCCGUUCACAAAUUUACCCAUUCACGUUCAGUUCCAUGUAGUUUGUUUGCUGUUUUUAUUUACGAUCCAGCAAUAUCAAAGAAGUGCAGUCGAUGGAGAAAUACGAAAAAAUUUUAAAAAUUGGAGAAGGCUCUUACGGCCAUGUUUUCAAAUGUCGGAACCGAGAUACGGGUCAACCUGUCGCUAUUAAGAAGUUCGUUGAAUCUGAGGAUGAUCCCCUCAUAAAGAAAAUUGCUUUGCGUGAAGUUAGAAUGUUGAAGCAAUUGAAGCACCCGAAUCUAGUUAACCUCAUGGAAGUAUUUCGUCGUAAAAAACGUCUGCAUCUGGUUUUUGAAUAUUGUGAUCACACAGUUUUAAACGAAUUGGAACGCUCACCAAGAGGAGUUCCCGAAAAUACCACGAAGCGUAUAACAUACCAAACCUUACAGGCUGUCGCAUUCUGUCAUCAACACAACUGCAUUCACAGGGACGUCAAACCAGAAAACAUACUCAUUACUAAAAACGGUCAAAUAAAACUAUGCGAUUUUGGUUUUGCUAGAAUAUUGACUGGACCUGGGGAUGAUUAUACCGACUAUGUUGCGACACGUUGGUAUCGAGCUCCUGAACUUCUUGUCGGUGAUACGCAAUAUGGACCACCGGUCGAUGUCUGGGCAAUUGGAUGCGUUUUUGCUGAACUACUUACAGGUGCACCGUUAUGGCCUGGCCGGAGUGACGUGGAUCAGUUAUACCUCAUCGAGAAAACUUUGGGUGACCUGAUUGAUCGUCAUAAAACAAUUUUUUCACAAAAUCAGUACUUCAAAGGACUUUCAAUCCCCGAGCCUGCUAAAAGAGAACCACUGGAAGAAAAACUGCCUCUUAUUGUGGGCAAACCAGCCAUGGAUUUUCUUAAAAACUGCCUGUACUUGGACCCAUCUAAGCGCAUGACCUGCCAACAGUUGCUUGAUCACCAGUACUUCUCAAGUUAUUGGGAUGGUGCGGGUGGAGUAAACAACAUGGAUAGUCAUAGCAAUGAACGGAGCAAAGGAGGAAAAAGAAAUAAGGAGGUUAAAGACAAAAGAAACGCUAUUCACGCUUAUGUCUUUAACUUACCGAACUUCGGCUACCAAACGCAGAGUCUGCCCCGCUUGAACCCAAACAUGAGUUCGAUGAUGAACAACCAGUCGCCUGCGCCCCACGAAGACAAGGGUAGCAAACGAAACAACAACAACAAUAACAACAGCAACAACAACCACAACCUCAAAUACAACGACCACCUGCCCCAACUGUAGUUACAACAUCAACCCCCCCCCCCCCCCACCGUCACUCUGUCCAUCUUCCCACGCUUCCCAUUCCCCUAUAGGUGUCUUCAAACUCUACACAAAUAGAAAGUUGGACUUAACCGAGACCGAAUUACGAGCACUGUGUUUGAAAAAACUUCUAGCUGGGAUGCUAACCACUAGAAUUCGUUAUUGUAAUAUGAGCAGUAACUUCGUUUCAGUUUUUCUUUUCUAUUUCUAUCGAAGCUUUCGAAACCUAUUGAUGCUUAAUUAUUGUAUCCCUCAUUCUCAUUUCUCGUCGCCUGCUAGGAUGAAGGAAUCUUUUGCAAACACCCCUCUCCUCUCCGACCAACGUGAAAAAUUUCCCCUUUAUUAACUAAGUGAACGAUAUCACGCUAAUUUUAAAUGACAACUUUUAGCAGUAAGUCAUUGUGCAAAAUAAUGGAUUCUGAUCGGCUGAAAAAAAAUGCUUUUAACCAAUAGAUUUGUCUCCUCCCUAAAUUGAAUGAGGGGGU